AUGUCGACUAAGACUUCACAUCACAGCUUCACUAUAAACCCGGCAUGCUCAUCCUCAGUUUACGCGAUCUAUAAUGCUUGCCACGCUCUCCAAGCUCGAGACUGUGACGGAGCUAUUGUUGGUGGCGUCAAUCUCAUCAUCACGGUUGACCAGCACAUGAACACGGCCAAGCUUGGAAUUCUCUUGCCCACCUCCACUUGCUAUACCUUUGACGAGUCCGCAGAUGGCCAUGGUCGCGCUGAGACCGCAGGUGCCAUCUACCUUAACCGUCUCUCGGACGCGAUCCGCUGCGGAGAUCCCAUCAGAGGUGUGGUAAGAGCAACUGCAGUUAACACCAACGGAGAGGUUCCGGGCAUGGGCAUCACACAUCCAAGCGUCAAGGGACAGGAGCGUGUUGUCCGAUUGGCUUAUGAGAAGGCCAGUCUUGACCUGAAUCAGACUGCCUACGCCGAGCUUCACGGAACCGGCACGCCUGUCGGGGAUCCUAUCGAGGUUCGCGCCAUAUCAGAUGCUCUCAACGAUGCAAGGUCGAAAGAGAAAUCAUUGAUCAUUGGUGCUCCCAACAUUGGUCACAGCGAGGCCUCAAGUGGCAUCUCGGCUGUCAUUAAAGUAGCUCUAAUGACCGAGUCUGGAAUUAUCCCUGGCGUUGCCUUGCUCAAUAAGCUCAACCCGGCCAUUCUCGAGGACGAAUGGAACGUCAAAGUGAACAAGGAAACAUCACCAUGGCCGAGCGGGUUUCCAGUCCGCCGAGCCAGCGUCUCUUCAUUUGGUUACGGAGGCACCAACAGCCAUGUUGUGGUCGAGGCCGUCGAAUCCCUGUACCCCUGGUAUCGCCAUGCCAAGCCAAAGCGCGCAGCCCAAUACGAUCAUUCCACCAAGCGGCCGGUGUUGCUCACCAUGUCCGCACACGACAAGGCAACGCUUGGAAAGGUCAUCAAGGACAUUGAAAAUGUGGCUGCGGAAUACUACGCUAUCGACCUGGCACAUACUCUGAACUUGCAUCGCACCAUCUUCGCGCAGAGGGCGUUCACCGUUUUACCGUGGGACACUCUUCUGGUGAAAUUGCAUCCGCCUAUGCCCGGCCUCAUUAGCGCGCCCGAAGCCAUCAUUGCCGCCUACUGCGUCGGUCUUGCCGUCCAGAAGCACUCGGGUGUAGGCUCCAUGUUGGCUGUCGGCCUUGGUGCCAAAGAGGUCAGCUCUCAUCUCCCAUCCGACCCAUCGGAGGUCUGUAUCGCCUGCGAGAACUCGCCCCAGAGUGUCACCCUCAGCGGCCAGAACGAGGCCAUUGCCAAGCUACGCGAGACUCUCUCUGCCGAAGAUAUCUUUGCCCGCGAGCUCAAGACCGGCCGGGCCUAUCACUCGCCUCACAUGACUGAGGUAGCCACUGCCUACGAGUCUCUUCUCACUUCUUCGUUGAAUAUUCUUAGUGAGGAAGACAUCCAGUGGCGCCGUGACCGAUCUGAGAUGAUCUCGUCCGUCACGGCCGAGCGGGUGAUGGGCACCACGUUGCUGGAUGGCUACUUCAGCCUGAACCUUCGCCAGAGAGUGCGGUUUAGCGAAGCCAUCCAAAAGAUUGGAACUGAAGACAUCUUUAGCAAAGUUAAAGUGGCCCUUGAAAUCGGUCCUCACUCGGCUCUUGCAGGAUCUUUCAACCAGAUUUGUAAGGCGAACAAGUUCGAUCGCUUCAUAUACAUCCCCUCCAUGGUACGCAACAAGGAUGAUGCCAAUCAGUUGCUAUCUGCAGCUGGCACCCUGUUCAUUGCCAACUACAACGUCAAUCUGGAAGAGGUCAAUGCAGCCGCGUACGACGAGCGAGAGAAGCAUGCAUUCCGCAGACCCAGGACGCAGUAUCUACUGGUCAACCUGUCACACUACCCUUGGAACUACGCAAAGUCCCACUGGGCUGAGCCACGAGCAAAGCAAAGAGCAGCGUCAAAGGGAGUAUCCUCGGCACGAUCUUCUCGGCAGUCCUGUAUCGGGACUCUCAGACGGAAAUCGGGCGUGGCGCAACUUGCUCCGGGUCCGAGACGUGCCGUGGCUCCGCGACCACAGUCUCGGUGA